AAUGAACUUUCUCCACAAGUGAACUUUGAAAUUUCUCCCUGUCAUUUUACAUACUUCUUCGAGAGCAGACGCGUCCGUGGAAUACGGUCGUCAGGUGUUGAAUCAAUUUGAAUUUUUUCUUGACUAGUGACCAUUAUUGAAUUAAAAAGAAAUGGAGUUAGAAAUUUUGAAUGCCAAAAACUCUAAGCCCUAUGGUAAAGUUACAGCACCUGCAGGCACAAAUAUUGGCGAUUUAAGGGAGUUGAUACACCAAAAGUUGAAAACAACACCAAAUGCUAAUAGGCAAUCGUUACGUUUGGAACCCCGUGGUAAAUCUCUCAAAGACACCGACACUUUGCAAUCAUUAAAUUUACGUGCUGGUGCUAGUAUUUACAUCAAGGAUUUGGGACCACAAAUUGGCUGGAAGACUGUUUUCUUGGCUGAAUAUGCUGGACCUCUUAUCGUAUAUUUACUCUUCUAUACAAGACCAGAAUUAGUCUACGGCAAAUCGGCUACCCUACCCAUUUCCUUAACAACACACAUUGCUGCUGCUUGUUAUACAGUCCACUAUGUGAAACGUUUGUUGGAAACAAUAUUUGUUCAUCGUUUCUCUCAUGCUACUAUGCCCUUGCGUAAUCUCUUCAAGAAUUGCUCUUACUAUUGGGGAUUCACUGCUUAUGUAUCGUAUCAUGUUAAUCAUCCAUUGUUCACCGAACCUUGCAUGUGUCAAGUUUGGGCUGCAUUAGCUGGAUUUGUGUUCUGCGAAUUGGGUAAUUUCUCUGUACACAUUGCUUUGCGUAACUUGAGACCCCCUGGUACUAAAAUACGCAGAAUUCCUGUUCCUGAUGGCAAUCCUCUAACCAACCUCUUCCACUUGGUCUCUUGCCCUAAUUAUACUUAUGAAAUUGGUGCCUGGGUUUCAUUCUCCAUUAUGACCUCUUGUCUAUCGGCUUUCUUGUUUGCUGUUGCUGGCGCCUAUCAAAUGACUGUUUGGGCUUUGGGUAAACAUCGUAACUAUCGCAAAGAAUUCAAAGACUAUCCCAAACAAAGACGUGCCAUUUUCCCAUUUGUGCUCUAAAUAUUUAAAAUAUGUUUUCAUAAUUUUUUUCACAUUUCGUAGCAUUUUCCCUAAAAAAAAACAUUUCCACUUUUACUUUAGCAAAUUUAAAUGUAAGACAAAUUUUCCAUUUUCACAUGUAUUUUUAUGUUUAAAUGAUCUUACUUUUGACAAACAUUUGGUGUUUAGUUUAAUAAUUAUCUAAUGAGUUACAUUUAGCUUUGUAACAUUUUAAUUAUUAAUAUUGUAAUUUUUAAAUUGUAUGUAUGUAAUUUAUAUGGCAUAUGUAAGUGUGAAAAUUAAAAAUCAAUAAUAAAACUGGUUUUGAGAAUACAAUAAUA